UUUCUGCUUCAUGCAGACGUGUCUACCGUUUUCUCUCGCAGAAAUACAGUUGUGCAUAUUUUGACUAUCUCAAAUCUAAUAAGAAUUGUGUCCCCAUUAGCGAACAGUGUUGAUAAAUCGUUUCGCAAUGGGAGAUUCGCUGGAAGCUACUAUCGGCAGCCUGGGCAGUGAUCCACCCCAGUCGGUGGACGCCGAAUCGGUCGCCAUUAUGGAUUAUGACGGGUUCACCAAUUACAUUCGCAAAGCGGUGACCAUUCUGCUGCCGGAAGAAGACGUCGUGCCGGUUCCCUUGAAUGCAGCGCUUGAAGAUUCAAUCAAUCAGGAAUGUAUUCGGAAAUUCCUCAGCGAUCCGCAAACCCAGGCCCUGUACAUUCAACGGUCUUGUUUUAAAGAUGACGAGAACGAACCACCAACCGAGGGCGAAGAGGAGAAGGACGCCGUCACGUACUACAUCAGCAACGACGUUCACUUCACCAACCAACGCAUGGCUUCGCUGGUGUGCAUCAAACGUGGUAUCGUGAUUGAAGCAGAUAAGUCGAUUCAUUCACAAAUUCGAUUGAUCAACUUUUCUGAGGGCUCACCAUACGAGACGUUGCAUUCAUUCAUCAGCAAGACAUUGGCUCCAUUCUUUAAAAGUUACGUGAAGGAAUCAGGUCGCGCCGAUCGUGAUGGUGACAAGAUGGCGCCAUCUGUGGAGAAAAAACUUGCUGAGCUGGAAAUGGGACUGCUGCAUCUACAGCAGAACAUUGACAUCCCGGAAGUUACUUUGAACAUCAACGGAACGGUUGCUCAAGUCGUGAAAAAAUGCGCCGAUGAGGGACGAAAGGCAAAGAUUACUGAUUUUGGAGACAAGAUAGAGGAUUCUACUUUCUUGAACACGCUACAAAAUGGAGUUAACCGCUGGAUUAAGGAGAUCCAGAAGGUGACCAAACUAGAUCGUGAUCCUUCCUCUGGUACCGCACUGCAAGAGAUUUCCUUCUGGCUAAACCUUGAACGCGCUUUGCAUCGUAUUCAAGAGAAGCGUGAAUCUCCGGAAGUAGCUUUGACACUGAACAUUCUAAAACAUGGCAAACGAUUCCACGCAACAGUUUCCUUUGAUACCGAUACUGGACUCAAACAAACACUAGCAAUGGUUGCCGAUUACAAUCCACUGAUGAAGGAUUUCCCGAUCAACGAUCUGCUGUCAGCUACUGAAUUGGAUAAAAUACGUCAAGCAGUUCAGUCUAUCUUCAACCAUUUGCGUAAGAUUCGUAGCACUAAGUACCCCAUUCAACGCUGUCUACGCUUGAUCGAGGCCAUCUCAAGAGAUCUCAGCCAACAACUGUUGAAGGUGCUCGGAACUCGCCGUUUGAUGCAUAUUCCCUUCGAUGAAUUUGAACGUGUAAUGAAUCAAUGCUUUGAGGUGUUCAGUUGUUGGGAUGACGAGUACGACAAGCUUCAGGGAAUUCUAAGAGACAUCGUUAAAAAGAAGCGCGACGAGCAUAUCAAGAUGGUUUGGCGCAUUGCUCCGGCUCACAAGAAACUUCAACAACGCAUGGAGCAUAUGCGUAAGUUCCGUCGUCAACACGAACAGCUACGUACAGUUAUUGUUCGCGUUCUGCGUCCAGCUCGCCAACCGUCUGGUAUGUCUGGUGCUGGUGACGCUAACAGUACCGAUACGAAGCAACCGUACAGUUUGGAUAGCGCUGAUGCCAACGCUAUCGAGGAGGUUAAUUUGGCCUAUGAGAAUGUGAAGGAAAUUGAAUGCUUGGAUAUCUCCAAAGAAGGAUCGGAAGCGUGGGAUGCAGCGAUCAAGCGCUACGAAGAACGCAUCGAUCGAGUCGAGACACGCAUUACGGCUCAUCUGCGCGAUCAAUUGGGCACUGCGAAAAACGCCAAUGAGAUGUUCCGCAUUUUCUCGCGCUUCAAUGCGCUAUUCGUGCGCCCACACAUCCGUGGUGCUAUUCGCGAGUAUCAGACACAGCUGAUCCAACGGGUGAAGGACGAUAUUGAAGCAUUACAUGAGAAGUUUAAGGUACAAUAUCCCCAGAGUAAGAGCUGCAGAUUAUCGGUUGUUCGCGAUUUACCUCCAGUGGCAGGAUCAAUCAUCUGGGCUCGCCAAAUCGAUAAUCAAUUGACGAUGUAUUUGAAACGUGUUGAAGACGUUCUUGGCAAGGGCUGGGAAUCGCACAUUGAUGGACAAAAACUGAAGGCAGAUGGCGAUAGUUUUCGGGCUAAGCUUUCAACGGCUGAAGUUUUCCAGGAGUGGGCACGGAAAGUCCAAGAACGUAAUACCGGUAUUACCGGACGUAUUUUCCUUAUUGAGUCAACUCGUUCGCGAACUGGUCGAGGCAAUACAUUGAGACUGAGGGUGAACUUUUUGCCAGAAAUUAUCACCCUCUACAAAGAGGUGCGCAACUUGAAGAGUCUGGGUUUUCGCGUUCCACUUGCGAUUGUCAAUAAAGCACAUCAGGCGAAUCAGCUGUACCCGUUCGCAAUCUCGCUGAUUGAAAGUGUUCGGACCUAUGAACGUACCCUGGAAAAGCUAACAAAUAGGAGUUUAGCACAAAAUUCAGUAUUCAAGAUUGAAGAUCGUGCCAGUAUCAUUCCACUGGUGGCCGGCCUACGGAAGGAAGUACUCGCGCUUGUCUCGGAGGGAAUCGCACUGGUUUGGGAGAGCUACAAGCUCGAUCCAUAUGUGCAGCGGCUUUCGGAGAAUGUAACCGCUUUCCAGGAGAAGGUGGAAGAUUUACUCGUCGUCGAAGAACAACUCGAUGUGGACGUACGGUCUCUCGAAACUUGUCCCUAUAGUGCGGCCACAUUCGCAGACAUUUUGUCGAAAAUACAACACGCUGUCGACGAUUUGUCACUUAAACAGUACUCGAAUCUGCACGUUUGGGUGGCGCGCCUAGAUGAGGAAGUUGAAAAAAAACUGGCGGCUCGAUUACAAGCCGGUGUCCAAGCGUGGACCGAUGCCCUCACUGGCAACAAGAAGGAACUCGAUCUAUCAAUGGAUACUGACGCUCCAGCUCAGCCAACUAUUAAACCAGGUGGCGAUCCUCAGAUUCAGAGAGCGAUUCACGAAAUCCGAAUAACUAAUCAGCAAAUGUAUCUAUACCCUUCAAUUGAGGAAGCUCGUUUCCAAAUUAUGCAGCAGCUGUUCGCUUGGGAAGCAAUCGUUACGUCCCAAACCCGUCUACAGAGCUCUCGCUAUCAGGUGGGAUUGGACAAGCCAGUAUCGCAAACUUACAGAAAUCUACUCACCAAAUUGCCGGGAGGUUCUGAUCCAUUGGAAGGUGCCUAUGGAGCGAUCGAGAAUCAGAUUUCCGAGGUUCGCAACUAUGUCGACGAAUGGCUUCGCUAUCAGAGUUUGUGGGAUCUUCAAGCGGACAUACUGUAUGGUCGCCUGGGAGAGGACAUCAAUCUGUGGAUUAAAUGUUUGAAUGAUAUUAAAAAAUCUCGAACCACAUUCGACACGUCAGAUACCCGGCGCGCGUAUGGACCUAUUGUCAUCGACUAUGCUAAGGUCCAGGCAAAGGUCACCUUGAAAUACGACUCGUGGCAUAAGGAAGCGCUGAGCAAGUUUGGUCAAUUGCUGGGUAACGAGAUGACAACUUUCCACGGCAAAGUCUCCAAAAGCCGAAGCGACUUGGAACAACAGAGCAUCGAAGCAGCCAGUACUUCAGACGCGGUAUGCUUCAUCACUUACGUGCAGUCACUGAAGAAAGAAAUGCUCGUUUGGGACAAACAGGUCGAAGUUUACCGUGAAGCCCAGCGAAUCCUGGAACGCCAACGUUUCCAGUUCCCGAACAAUUGGUUGCACGUUGACAACAUUGAGGGAGAAUGGUCUGCCUUCAACGAAAUAAUGAAACGUAAAGAUUCGGCUAUUCAAACACAGGUCGCCAGUCUGCAGGCAAAGAUUGUUGCCGAGGAUAAAGCCGUGGAAUCGAGAACUCUCGAUUUCUUGAACGAUUGGGAGAAGAAUAAGCCGACUGGUGGACGUACACGUCCGGAUGAUGCCCUGCAGCAGUUGCACAUUUUUGAAACCAAGUUCUCGCGGUUGAAGGAAGAGCGUGAUAACGUGGCCAAAGCUAAGGAAGCGCUGGAACUGCAAGAAUCGGCUAUCCCAAACAAUAGCACCGAGCGGAUGUCCGUCGUACUGGAGGAAUUGCAAGAUCUGCGGGGUGUUUGGAGCGAGCUGUCUAAGAUUUGGGCUCAGAUUGAUGAAACUCGCGAGAAGCCAUGGCUUUCUGUGCAACCGCGGAAACUUCGCCAAUCUUUGGAAGCUAUGAUGAACCAACUGAAGGAACUUCCCGCUCGUCUGAGAAUGUACGAAAGUUACGAGUAUGUUAAGAAGCUGCUACAGAGCUACAUCAAGGUGAACAUGAUGAUUGUCGAGUUGAAAUCCGAUGCAUUGAAGGAACGUCAUUGGAAGCAGCUGACUAAACAGCUACGCGUCAGUUGGGUUUUAUCGGAUUUGACUCUGGGACAAGUCUGGGAUGUCAAUCUCCUGAAGAACGAAUCAAUUGUAAAAGAUAUUAUACUUGUGGCUCAGGGUGAAAUGGCACUAGAGGAAUUCUUGAAGCAAGUACGCGAAAGCUGGCAAAAUUACGAACUGGAUCUGAUUAACUAUCAGAACAAGUGCCGAAUCAUUCGCGGAUGGGACGACUUAUUCAACAAAGUCAAGGAGCAUAUCAAUUCGGUUGCAGCGAUGAAGCUGUCUCCAUACUACAAAGUGUUCGAGGAAGAAGCUCUAACCUGGGAGGAAAAGUUGAAUCGCAUCAAUUCUCUAUUUGAUGUAUGGAUUGAUGUCCAGCGGCGUUGGGUUUACUUGGAGGGCAUUUUCUCUGGAUCCGCCGACAUCAAAACUCUACUACCAGUGGAGACGUCCCGUUUCCAGAGCAUUAGCUCGGAAUUCCUUGGGCUGAUGAAGAAAGUCGCCAAAUCACCAAAAGUUAUGGAUGUGUUGAAUAUACCAGCGGUACAAAGAUCUUUGGAAAGACUGGCCGAUUUGCUAGGAAAAAUCCAGAAAGCACUGGGAGAAUAUUUGGAGCGGGAGAGAACAUCCUUCCCUCGAUUUUACUUUGUUGGAGAUGAGGACCUUUUGGAGAUUAUCGGUAACAGCAAGAAUGUGGCUCGUUUACAAAAACACUUCAAGAAAAUGUUCGCUGGUGUGGCUUCGAUAUUACUCAAUGAGGAUAAUACGAUUAUUUUGGGAAUCGCAUCUAGAGAGGGAGAAGAGGUAAAGUUCAUCAAGCCUGUAUCGACGGUUGAAUUCCCAAAAAUUAAUGAAUGGUUGACUCUGGUUGAGAAGGAAAUGAGAUUCACACUGGCUUCGUAUCUUGCUCAAGCCGUGCAGGAUAUCAAGCAAUUCAAAGAUCAAAUCGAUCCCCAGAAAUACAUGGAGUGGUGUGACAAGUAUCAAGCACAAAUUGUAGUGCUAGCGGCACAAAUUUUGUGGUCCGAAGAUGUGGAAGCUGCUUUACAGCAAGCUUUGGAUAGUCCGGGAAAUAAGUCUCCCCUUAUUCGUGUUCUCGGCACUGUCGAGGCAACGCUGAAUGUACUGGCCGAUUCCGUUCUUCAGGAACAACCUCCACUGCGUCGCAAGAAACUCGAACAUUUGAUCAACGAGUUCGUGCACAAACGUACAGUAACAAGACGUCUGAUUGCUCACGGUGUGAACAAUCCGAAAUCGUUCCACUGGCUAUGCGAGAUGCGUUUCUAUUUCGACCCUCGUCAAACGGAAGUACUUCAGCAGCUUACGAUUCACAUGGCAAAUGCUCGUUUCUACUAUGGUUUCGAGUAUCUUGGCGUUCAGGAUCGUCUCGUUCAAACGCCGCUAACUGAUCGCUGCUAUCUGACGAUGACGCAAGCGUUGGAAGCUCGGCUUGGAGGAUCACCGUUCGGUCCCGCAGGUACCGGUAAGACGGAAUCGGUGAAGGCACUCGGUAAUCAGCUGGGUCGCUUCGUGCUUGUGUUUAACUGCGACGAAACGUUCGACUUCCAGGCCAUGGGGCGUAUUUUUGUCGGUCUGUGUCAGGUAGGUGCGUGGGGUUGCUUUGACGAGUUCAAUCGUCUCGAGGAACGUAUGCUGUCCGCCGUUUCGCAGCAGAUUCAAACCAUCCAAGAAGCUUUGAAAUCACAGCGAGAUAGCCUGAAGGACACUCAUAGCAUAACCGUUGAGCUGGUUGGCAAGCAAGUGCGCGUUUCUCGAGAUAUGGCCAUCUUUAUCACCAUGAAUCCUGGCUAUGCUGGUCGUUCCAACUUGCCGGAUAACUUGAAGAAACUAUUCCGCUCACUUGCUAUGACUACUCCGGAUCGUCAGCUGAUUGCAGAAGUUAUGCUGUUCAGUCAAGGUUUUCGCACGGCCGAAAAGCUUGCUUGCAAGAUAGUACCAUUCUUCAAGCUGUGCGACGAACAACUUUCGAAUCAGUCUCACUACGACUUCGGGCUUCGUGCGCUAAAAUCUGUAUUGGUAUCGGCUGGUAAUGUUAAGCGUGAUCGUAUAAUGAAAAUAAAGGACACUAUGAGGCAACGUGGUGAAGAGAACAUCGAUGAAGCUUCGAUUGCUGAGAAUUUACCGGAGCAAGAAAUUUUGAUCCAAUCUGUUUGUGAAACGAUGGUACCCAAGCUAGUAGCGGAGGACAUUCCGCUACUCUUCUCGCUGUUGAGUGAUGUGUUCCCGAAUGUUGGAUAUACUAGAGCUGAGAUGAAGGGACUAAAGGAUGAAAUUCGCAAAGUGUGCUCCGAGGAAUAUUUGGUUUGUGGCGAAGGCGAUGAACAAGGUGGCGCUUGGAUGGAGAAGGGAUUCGGUGAAACGUGGGUGGAUAAAGUUCUACAAUUGUACCAAAUUUCGAACCUGAAUCAUGGUUUGAUGAUGGUUGGCCCAUCCGGUUCUGGCAAAUCAACAGCAUGGAAGGUGCUCCUGAAAGCUUUGGAGCGCUUCGAAGGAACGGAAGGUGUUGCUCAUGUUAUUGAUCCCAAAGCCAUUUCGAAGGAGGCUCUGUACGGUGUGCUCGAUCCCAAUACUCGCGAGUGGACCGAUGGUUUGUUCACCCAUGUAUUGCGUAAGAUUAUCGACAACGUUCGUGGCGAGAUUAAUAAGCGCCAGUGGAUCAUAUUCGACGGUGACGUCGAUCCGGAAUGGGUGGAGAAUUUGAACUCUGUGCUAGAUGAUAACAAAUUACUUACCCUUCCCAACGGCGAACGUUUGUCGUUGCCUCCGAACGUGAGGAUCAUGUUUGAAGUUCAGGAUUUGAAAUACGCUACCCUAGCUACUGUGUCCCGUUGCGGUAUGGUUUGGUUCUCGGAAGAUGUUCUUUCAACAGAAAUGAUCUUCGAAAACUAUAUGGCUCGCCUGAAGAACAUUCCACUCGAGGACGGCGAAGAAGAAAGUUUCACAACCCAAUCCAAAGGCACUGAUAAGGAGGAUGAGAAUACACCGGCUUUGCAAACACAACGUGAGAUUGGCGCUCUUUUGCAACCAUAUUUCACUUCCGACGGUCUGGUGAUACGUUGUUUGGAAUAUGCAAUGACUCAGGAGCACAUUAUGGACUUUACCCGAUUGCGGGCACUCAGCUCUCUUUUUUCAAUGCUUAACCAAGGCGCAAGAAACGUUCUGAACUUUAACCAGCAGCAUCCGGAUUUCCCUGUUCCCCCAGAGCAACUCGAGCAGUAUAUCCCUAAACUGCUCAUUUACUCUUUACUUUGGUCCUUCGCUGGUGACGCCAAACUGAAGGUCCGUUCCGAUCUGGGAGACUUUUUGCGUAGUGUAACAACGGUCACUCUGCCAGCACAAACUGGUAAUCCAAUAAUUGACUAUGAAGUGAACAUUCAAGGCGAUUGGGUUCCUUGGUCAAACAAAGUACCGGUCAUCGAAGUGGAGACACACAAAGUUGCUGCUCCUGAUGUUGUUGUACCAACACUGGAUACCGUUCGCCACGAGUCGCUACUUUACACCUGGCUUGCCGAACAUAAACCGUUGGUGCUGUGUGGUCCACCAGGUUCCGGCAAAACAAUGACUCUAUUCUCGGCUUUGAGAGCUCUUCCAGACAUGGAAGUUGUCGGUUUGAACUUCUCAUCGGCAACGACCCCGGAACUUCUGCUUAAAACUUUCGACCACUACUGUGAGUAUCGUAAAACGCCCAACGGGGUUGUAUUAGCACCGGUUCAACUGGGCAAAUGGCUUGUGCUGUUUUGUGACGAAAUUAAUCUUCCCGAUAUGGAUUCCUACGGUACGCAGCGAGUCAUUUCGUUCCUCCGUCAACUUGUGGAACACAAAGGCUUCUACCGAGCUGCUGAUCAGUCAUGGGUUUCUCUGGAACGAAUCCAAUUCGUUGGAGCUUGUAAUCCUCCAACCGAUCCCGGACGCAAACCGUUAUCCCAUCGUUUCCUACGGCACGUUCCAAUCAUCUACGUCGAUUAUCCUGGAGAGACUUCACUCAAACAGAUCUAUGGCACGUUCAGUCGUGCUAUGUUACGCCUGAUGCCGAACUUGCGGGGUUAUGCAGAACCACUCACCAAUGCCAUGGUUGAGUUCUAUUUAGCCUCACAAGAUCGUUUCACGCAGGAUAUGCAACCACACUAUGUCUACUCGCCCCGUGAGAUGACACGUUGGGUACGUGGAAUCUGCGAAGCAAUUCGACCACUGGACAACCUUCCCGUUGAAGGUUUGGUACGGCUAUGGGCUCACGAAGCGCUUCGACUCUUCCAAGAUCGUCUGGUUGAAGAAUCUGAGCGCCGUUGGACCAAUGAAAACAUUGAUUUAGUUGCAAUGAAACACUUCCCAAGUGUGGACCGCGAGAAGGCUCUGGAACGUCCGAUUCUGUACAGCAACUGGCUAUCGAAGGACUACAUGCCGGUGAACCGUGCGGAGCUGAGAGACUACGUUAAGGCUCGUCUAAAGAUCUUCUACGAGGAGGAGCUAGAUGUGCCGCUAGUGUUAUUCGAUGAAGUUUUGGAGCACGUGCUGAGAAUCGAUCGAAUUUUCCGUCAGCCACAAGGACAUCUGCUGCUAAUUGGUGUGUCCGGUGCGGGCAAAACGACACUGUCCCGCUUCGUCGCUUGGAUGAAUGGAUUGUCAAUAUUCCAGAUUAAGGUUCACAAUAAGUACACCAGCGAAGAUUUCGACGAAGACUUGCGGUGUGUAUUGAGACGUUCGGGAUGCAAAGACGAGAAAAUAGCUUUCAUUCUCGACGAAUCCAAUGUACUAGACUCCGGCUUUCUGGAAAGGAUGAACACACUUCUGGCUAACGGAGAAGUCCCUGGAUUGUUCGAAGGUGAUGAGUACACUACGCUAAUGACACAAUGCAAGGAGGGAGCUCAACGCGAAGGACUUAUGCUGGAUUCUAGCGACGAACUGUACAAAUGGUUCACACAACAAGUAAUGCGCAAUCUGCACGUUGUAUUCACCAUGAAUCCGUCAACGGAUGGAUUGAAGGAUCGCGCUGCAACCUCUCCGGCGCUGUUCAAUCGUUGCGUUCUGAACUGGUUCGGUGAUUGGUCAGAUUCGGCGCUAUUCCAAGUGGGCAAAGAGUUUACUGUUCGAGUGGAUCUGGAGAAACCAACCUGGACCGCUCCCGAUUUCUUCCCAGCGGCCUGUCCGCUUAUAAACAACACACCAUCGCACCGUGAUGCCGUAAUUAACGCUUGUGUCUAUGUUCAUCAAACUCUCCACAAGGCCAAUACACGGCUAGCAAAGCGUGGUGGACGCACUAUGGCUAUCACACCACGUCACUAUUUGGACUUCAUUCAUCACUUCGUUAAAUUAUACUCUGAGAAGCGUAGCGAUUUGGAAGAACAACAGUUACAUCUGAACGUUGGUUUGAACAAGAUUGCUGAAACAGUAGAACAGGUCGAAGAAAUGCAGAAAUCGUUGGCGGUAAAAUCCCAAGAGCUGCACGCGAAGAACGAAGCUGCAAACGCCAAACUGAAGCAAAUGUUCAAGGAUCAACAGGAAGCUGAGAAAAAGAAAGUCCAAUCACAAGAAAUUCAACAACAACUAGCCGAACAAACUAUCAAAAUCGAGGAAAAACGUAAAGAUGUAAUGGCAGACUUAGCGCAGGUCGAACCGGCCGUUAUCGAUGCACAAGCGGCUGUAAGUAAUAUAAAAAAGAAGCAGUUAGCCGAAGUACGUACCAUGGCAAAUCCCCCCGCACCGGUCAAGCUGGCCCUGGAAUCGGUAUGUUUGUUACUCGGAGAGGAUGAUCGUGGCGGGGAUUGGAAAGCAAUCCGUCAGAUAUUGGUCAAAGAUAGCUUCAUCACAUCGAUUGUGAAGUUCGACACAGCACAACUUACCGACGACGUUCGUGAAAAGAUGAAAUCGAGAUAUCUCAGCAAUCCGGACUAUAACUUUGAAAAAGUUAACCGCGCCUCGAUGGCUUGUGGACCCAUGGUCAAGUGGGCCAUCGCUCAGGUGGAAUAUGCCGAUAUGUUGAAACGAGUAGAACCACUGCGUGAUGAGCUGAGCUCGCUGGAACGACAGGCCGAUACGAAUAUCAAACACGGCCAGGAGGUGAAAGAACUAAUCACCCAGUUGGAACAGAGUAUCGCUUCAUACAAGGAAGAAUAUGCACAACUUAUCUCGCAAGCGCAGGCAAUAAAGACCGAUUUGGAGAAUGUGCAGGCUAAGGUCGACCGUUCGAUUGCUCUGUUGAAAAGUUUGGUCAUUGAGCGAGAACGAUGGGAGGCCACCAGCGAGACUUUCCGCUCGCAAAUGUCCACCAUCAUUGGAGAUGUGCUGCUUUCGGCAGCCUUCAUCGCAUACGGUGGAUACUUCGACCAACACUAUCGUAGUAAUCUGUUCUCAACUUGGUGCCAACACUUGCAAGCCGCCAACAUUCUGUUCCGCGCAGAUAUCGCAAGAACCGAGUAUCUAUCCAACCCCGAUGAAAGACUUCGUUGGCAAGCGAAUGCCCUGCCAACAGAUGAUCUUUGCACAGAGAAUGCAAUUAUGUUGAAACGGUUCAACCGCUAUCCGCUGAUUAUUGACCCGUCUGGACAGGCUACAGAGUUCAUCUUAAAUGAAUUCAAGGACAAAAAAAUAACAAAGACAAGCUUCUUGGAUGAUUCGUUCCGCAAGAAUCUAGAGUCGGCGCUACGUUUUGGUAAUCCAUUGCUAGUACAGGACGUUGAGAAUUAUGAUCCAAUUCUAAAUCCGGUGCUGAAUCGAGAAUUGCGCCGCACGGGAGGUCGUGUGUUAAUUACUCUUGGCGAUCAGGACAUCGAUCUGUCGCCGUCAUUUGUUAUAUUCUUGUCGACGCGCGAUCCCACUGUAGAGUUUCCACCGGAUAUUUGUUCUCGAGUCACUUUCGUUAACUUCACAGUCACCAGAAGCUCGCUGCAGUCGCAAUGUUUGAACCAAGUGCUGAAAGCUGAACGGCCUGAUAUCGACGAAAAGCGUUCGGAUCUACUGAAGCUGCAAGGUGAAUUCCAUCUGCGGCUGCGACAGCUCGAGAAGAGCUUGUUGCAGGCACUGAACGAUGCUAAAGGCAAGAUCCUAGAUGAUGACUCUGUCAUUACAACCUUGGAAACGUUGAAGAAAGAAGCUGCCGACAUCGGCCAGAAGGUGGAAGAAACUGAUAAGGUCAUUGGGGAGAUCGAAACCGUUUCGCAGCAAUAUCUUUCAUUGUCUCAAGCUUGUAGUAAUAUUUAUUUCACAAUGGACAGUCUCAAUCAGGUUCACUUCCUGUACCAGUACUCUCUGAAAAUGUUCUUGGACAUUUUCAGCACCGUUCUCCAUAACAAUCCCAAGCUGGAAGGCAAAACAGAUCAUACAAAUCGACUCUCCAUUAUUACAUCGGAUUUGUAUAGAGUCUGUUACGACCGCGUUGCGCGUGGUAUGCUUCAUGCCGAUCGCCUCACGUUUGCCAUUUUGCUUUGCCGAAUUCAUCUGAAAGGAACUAACGAAGCGAAUCUGGAUCAAGAGUUUAGCUUUUUCCUGCGAAAUAAGGAAGGUUUGGUAUCGUCACCUAAUCACGUUGACGGAGUUAGUGCCGAACAGUUGGAAUCCGUUACUCGUCUGGCUAAUCGACUGUCCAUAUUCCGCAAAUUGUUAGACAAGAUACAAGCAAUGCCAGAGUUGUCUGCUUGGUUGCAGCAAGGUUCACCUGAACAGAACGUCCCCGUUCUUUGGGAUGAAUCGAAGGCUCUAUCUGCAGUAGCUGCUGCCAUGCAUCAGCUGUUGCUAAUUCAAGCUUUCCGACCGGAUCGAGUUAUCGCAGCGGCUCACUUAUUCGUCGCAACCGUUCUAGGAGAAGACUUCAUGCCACAGGCCGAAAAGGAACUCGAUUUUGCCGCAUGUGUCGACAAGGAAUUCACCAGUAACACACCAGCAUUGCUCUGUUCUGUUACAGGGUACGAUGCCUCCUCACGUGUGGAUGAUUUGGCAGCCGAACUGAACAAACAAAUAUCGAGCAUUGCUAUCGGCUCUGCAGAAGGUUUCAAUCAGGCCGAACGCGCUAUCAACAUGGCAUGCAAAACUGGCAGAUGGGUUCUUCUCAAAAACGUCCACCUGGCCCCACAAUGGCUGGUCCAGUUGGAGAAGAAACUACAUUCUCUGCAACCACACUCUGGAUUUCGACUAUUCCUCACAAUGGAAAUCAAUCCGAAAGUUCCAGUCAAUCUCCUCCGAGCUGGCCGCAUCUUUGUGUACGAACCUCCACCAGGCAUUCGGGCAAACUUGCUACGCACAUUCUCCACGGUUCCAGCUACGCGCAUGAUGAAACCCCCCAGCGAACGGGCUCGUCUCUAUUUCUUGCUUUCAUGGUUCCACGCCAUAGUUCAGGAGCGCUUACGCUAUGUACCACUUGGAUGGGCUAAGAAGUACGAAUUCAAUGAGUCGGAUUUGCGUGUCGCUUGCGAUACAUUAGAUACAUGGAUCGAUGCUACUGCUAUGGGACGCACAAAUCUUCCCCCAGAAAAGGUUCCAUGGGAUGCUUUAGUGACAUUACUAUCUCAAAGCAUUUACGGUGGUAAAAUUGAUAACGAUUUCGAUCAACGUCUGCUUUCAUCGUUCCUAUCCAAACUGUUCACGGCGCACAGCUUCGAGGCCGAAUUCGCGCUGGUUGCCAACGUUGAUGGAGUUGCAGGUGGGCCUAAUGGACAGCGUCAUAUUACUAUGCCUGAUGGUACGCGUCGAGAUCAUUUCCUCAAGUGGAUUGAAGCCUUGGCGGAUCGUCAAACACCGUCUUGGCUCGGAUUGCCAAAUAACGCCGAAAAGGUGCUGCUAACUACACGUGGAACAGAUUUAAUAAGCAAAUUGUUGAAAAUGCAACAGCUCGAGGAUGAUGAUGAGCUUGCAUACAGCAAUGAUGAAAGCCUAGAUGCUGUGCAAACUCGUCAGGAGGAUGGUCGUCCUUCGUGGAUGAAAACUUUACACAACAGUGCACUAACAUGGUUGGAGCUGCUACCGAAAAAAUUGGCCACACUGAGGCGAACUGUUGAGAAUAUAAAGGAUCCACUAUAUCGAUACUUCGAGAGGGAAGUUUCCUCCGGAGCAAAACUCCUCCAAACGGUGGUUAGCGAUCUGCAGGAUGUGGUGUACAUUUGCCAGGGUGAAAAGAAGCAAACGAACUAUCAUCGCACUAUGCUUAGUGAAUUAGUAAGAGGCAUUCUUCCGGCUGGAUGGAGACGUUACACAGUUCCAGCUGGCUGCACCGUAAUUCAAUGGAUCACUGACUUCAGCCAUCGUGUCCAACAAUUGCAGAAGGUUUCAAUGCUUGUCUCGCAAGCUGGAGCAAAGGAGUUACAGAGUUUCCCAGUGUGGUUGGGUGGGCUUUUCAAUCCAGAAGCCUACAUUACUGCAACUCGUCAGUGUGUAGCUCAAGCGAACAGUUGGUCUCUAGAGGAACUAACAUUAAACGUCACCAUCACAGAAAAUGGAUCGGAUGGUUUCGAUAAUCUCAAAGAUAGCAGCUUCGGUAUAUCUGGAUUGAAACUUCAGGGCGCACAGUGCAAGAAUAAUCAACUGCUGCUAACAUCGGCAAUUAUGACCGAGCUUCCGUUAACACUGCUCAAGUGGACACGUAUAGAUUCGGAAACGAGUCGUCCGACUAAGCUAACGCUACCAGUAUAUUUGAAUUCGACCAGAACCGAGCUGUUGUUUACAGUUGAUAUGACAGUCGCACCUGGGCAGGAUCCACACAGUUUUUACGAACGAGGUGUAGCAGUGCUCUCUUCAACCGCUCUAAAUUAAAGCGCGGUUAUUUGAAUUCGAACUCAUAUGAUAUUUAAACACUACAUUAAUUAUUCAAAAGCAUGCUUAAUCACCGGUUUAUGGUUUAAAUUUGUUGGGUUUAUAAUAAUCAAAUGCACUAUUAUCUUAUUCAUUCAAAAUA